AUGCCGCCCUCAGUGUCUAGCAUGGAUGAGAAGCGCAGUGCCAAGGAGCUCGAGGCUGGCAUCGUGGCAGAUGACGCCAUAGGAGCUGAAGUUGAAAAUCUUGGAUCGUCGCCGGGUUCGGAGCCGAACGCCUUUCAGAAAUUCACUAAACUGCUAUUGAAGUGGGGCAUCGAAACGCAUGGCAUCACACCUAUCCCCCCGGAAGAUAGGACGGAUACGCGCCUGUACCAAAUGUUCUUUAUCUGGUGUUCGGCCAACCUCAAUAUCCUGGCAUUCAGCACGGGAACAGCAGGACCAGCCUUUUUCUCGCUCGGUCUUAAAGACUCUCUUGUCACCAUACUCAUGGUCGAUGUCAUACUUUGUGCAGUCCCGGCAUACUUUGCUGUUUUUGGUCCAAAACUGGGAACCCGUGCUAUGGUCCAAGCCCGGUUCUCUUGGGGAUUCUACGGUGCCAUGAUCCCGAGCCUCCUCAAUGCCUUUUCUCUCCAGGGAUUUCUCAUCCUCAACACAAUUGUCGGAGGCCAAACACUCGCUGCUGUAUCUGACAGUCUUGACGAUACCCUCGGGAUUGUAAUUAUUGCUGUCAUAUCACUGGCUGUGAGCUUCUGUGGCUAUAAAGUCAUCCACAUGUACGAAAGCGUCGCGUGGUUCCCAAACUUGAUCGCGUUUUUGGUUAUGCUCGGUGUUGGUGCAAAGCACAUCGAAAAUGUCCCUACGCCUCCGCCGUCACCGGCUUCUGUGCUGUCAUUCGCCUCACUCCUGGUCUCUAGUGUCAUCAGUUGGUGUACGAUGACUCCAGACUACGGAGUAUAUCAUAAAGACUCGCCCAGCUGGCGUGUAUUUAUAUACGUCUAUCUCGGAUUCUUCGUCUCUAGUCUCCCGGGCCAUAUGUUGGGUGCUUCUUUCGCAGCAAGCGCGUCUGCGGUGCCGGCCUGGCAAGCGGGCUUAGGCAACGGCAACAAUGUUGGAGGGCUGAUAGAGGCUAUACUCGGCAUGUCAGGAGGAUUCGGAAAGUUUUUGACCGUCGUCAUCGCUUUGACCAUUCCGAGUGCGGUUGCGCCGACGAUGUACUCGUUUGCUUCUAGUUUUAUGGCUGUCACGCCCAUACUCGCGAAAAUCCCAAGAUAUGUCUAUGCCGUCGUUGCUACCGCAAUCCUCAUCCCGGUCGCGAUCGUUGGCGCUGUACGGUUUUACAACACUCUUGUCGAUAUUCUUAGUAUCAUUGGCUACUGGACCGCCUCCCAUGCCGCAAUCGUUAUGUGUGAGCAUAGCAUUAUCCGACGAGGACGGUUCGCCAGCUACAACGUCGAAGAUUGGAACAAUCCUAAGCGACUCCCCCUUGGUUUUGCCGGUGUCUCUGCCUUUCUUGCGUCGGUCGCUAUAAUUAUACCGUGCAUGUCGCAAGCUUGGUACACUGGGCCUAUCGCUGCGAAGGGAACAGGCGAUAUAGGAUUGCUCACUGGGUUUGCAGUGGCAGUAAUACUAUAUAUCCCUUUGAGGCUGAUAGAGAAGAAGGUGGGGCGAUAA